CGUGGGAGGUUGUGAACGUCGGCGGUGGAAGACGAAGCGACGCAUCGCACGACGCGGAUUUCAUCGUCUCGCACCCGCUGUUGGUGCGUAACAGCGACAUGGACGGCGUUCUGACGCGCGUGAUCGGGGCGAUGGGCGAUUCCAUCCUCCGCGAGGACACCGACUUUCACAUGCUCUCAAUCGGCAGACUGAAAGAGUACUGGCGCGGCGUCAAGGACACGGGCAAGAACAAGAAGGGCGAUCCAAAGCACGGAUUUCAGGGUAACAACGACUGCUACGAUAAGCUCUACGGCAUUUAUCGCACCGCGAACGGCGCGCAUAGGCGCAUCGACGUCGUGCUCGUUCCCCGGUGCAUGCUACCCUUCGCGCUCAUAGGUUGGACCGGCAGCAAGCAGUACAACCGGUUCCUGCGACGCUUCGCCAUCGACGAGCGCGGGCUGAUACUGACGUCGCACGGCUUGCACAGGACGCGGGACAGGCGGACGGUGGGCCAGACCCCGGACGACGGGUCGCUCGAGCUGGGUCUGGCGCCGGAGCCGCCCGCGCCGUCGCUCGACGCAAACGGCGUCGACUGGUGGCCGCCGGGGUGGGACUCGGGGCGGACGAUCGAGUGCGAGCGGGACGUGUUCGAGCUGUUGGGGGUGCCGUACAAGGAACCGUGGGAACGGGACUGCCCCUCGUGAGACGCGCGAUUGUGCUCAUUAGUUGAGAUACUCCAUCC